AAAGUCACGUGUUUACUUCCUUUAUUUAAACUCAGAGAAAAGUAGUUAUUUGUGUGUUUCUUUAGAACGGAGUUUUAUGUUCGAUAAAGUUUCCAUUAAAUAUCCAAAGAAAUUAUAAGGAUAUAUGGUAACUUUAGACAUUUCAUUUGAUAUUGUGAGGUUUAAGGCUUAGAGAGUAUAUUGCACAGGCUAUGCAUGGGCAGGUACGUAUAUUAGUAAUUAAUAUCUGUACCUGGCAUGGGUGACUUAUGACGGAUUUUUCGUCGGGUAUAUUUUUCGGAGGAUUUUUUACUUUUCUUUAUGGAUAACAAAGUUUACUUUUGUAUUUGAUUUGUUAUAUGAUACAGUCAUAUAGUAUGAUUUUUGUGUAUUUAAAUCAUCUAACAGUUUGAUAUAUAUUUUGUUUAAUUUGAUAAAUUAACGUUAAUGAUAUUGCACUAUCGACUAUGCACUUAAAGAUUUCCUGUAUGAAUAGGCGGAAUGUCUCCGGUUAAAAGAAGCCUAUAUCUAUAAAUAAACGUAUCAUAUUCACAUGACAGUUACUAAUUUAAUUGCGUUACACUUGCUAUGUAUAAAAUGACAUUCUACGAUCAUGUAUAAGGCCAUAAAUGGAGCUAUAUUUAAUUCUUAAUUACGACAAAAAGGAAACAAUAUAAAUGGACAUAAUCAUGAUGACUCAUAAACAACGUUUAGAGAACCCCUUAUAUAUAAACUGGAUAAGAGGGGCUUUAUGUCUCGGAUAUGCCCACGAGGGUUUAUACGGCUUUGUAAAUGAACUGGCGAUGAAACAACAGAAGGAGCUAGUUGCUAAGGUGAUAUCUACAAACCAUUCGUCUGCUCGCAACGUUCCAAUCGUUUGUUCCCAAUGCACGCUUGAUAAUUUACUUCCACACCAUGCCAGUUGUGGUAAAAUAUGUAUACAGAUGAUAAAAUCUAAAUGUUUGUGUAGUUCAAAACAUGGAAGAAGAAUAUGUCCUAAUGGUAUUUGCAGUUACAUGUACGACCUGAUAGUGGAGCAACACGUUUAUACAGACCCGCUUUGGAAGAAUACGGACCCGGCACUUUGGUGUACACAUUACUGGAGUAUAGCAAAUUGUUUCCAUACAAGUCAAAGUCAGUCAACUUCUGCCAAAGAUACUGACAUAUCUGGACUUCUUGCAAUCAUUACAAAUAAUACAUUCAUCAGGAAUGAGCUAUCCAUCACACUGUAUCCAACCAAUACACAGAGUAACGAUCCGUUUACAAGAGCUCGGGAAGUACGAAAUAAAAUAUUUCACAGUCCAACUCUUGAACUCCAAGAAACUGAAAUGAAGGCAUAUAUUGAUGUAUUUAUAAGUAUGCUUUCGGAUCCAAAGGCAUUUCAUAAUGACAAAGCAGCCAAAAAAGCAAUCAAGAAUCUUACCGAGCUUAAGACAUGCCCUUUAUUUAUUAACAUGAAAGACGAAUUAGAGUUAAGAAACAAUGCUAUACAUGCUUUAGAAGAAAGGAGAGCAGACGCGUUAAGUGAAAUAGAAUUAGCUCAGGUUGAGGCUUUAAGGCAAAUUGAGUCCAGUAUCGACACAAAAAGUGAAUCUGCAACAGAGCAAUUGGAAAAUACACGAGGAGAACUUAAACGUAUGUCAACACAGUUGACAAAGAUACGGAGCUCUCAUAUAAUCGGACAAAGAAAACAACGUGAAACAGAUGAUCGAUUAAAACAUUCUGAGGAGCUUCAACAAGAAAUUAUGGAGAAGAUUAGUCAAAAUCAAGAAGUUAUAAAGGAGCAUAUUGAAACAAUUGAAAAUCGUCAGCUUAUUCAGGAGCAGGUCCACAGUCAAUUAACUCUUCAAGUAAAGGAAUUACAACAGAAAAUAGACGACAUGUCAUCGUCCAAUAGAAAUCUACAGAUUGCAAAAGAGGGACAUGUUGAUUAUACGCAUACUCUGGAAAGGAAAAUAGAUUUACAGACAGAAUUGAUAACCCUGUACCAACAAUAUUAUCUGAAGACUGAUAUAUCACCCCUACUACCCGAGCAAGACAUUGAUGUAGAUGAUAUAUAUGUGCCUCUAAUUAUGGAAAGAGUGUAUAAGCCCGACCAGAAAGUGUCCUGUAAAGGAGAACCUGUUUACUUCUACGAAGAUAUAUUUUUCCAAGAUGAAAACAAAAGAUUUAGAAACAUUUUUAUUACUGCAGACGCCGGUAUUGGUAAAACAACGUUCUGCAGGAAACUUACAUCAACCUGGUGUAAAGUUCAUUCCCGUAGAUGCAGAGAUGAUAUGUUUUCUCUUUUUACAAACAAGUCAAAGUUCAGGACCAGGGAAAAUAUAGAAUCUAGAGAUAGGGAAACAGUAAGUAGAUUUACAUAUCUAUUUUACAUAAGUUUACGGCAUACUGAUAAAGAAAAGACGAUUGAAGAAAUGAUAUGUUCUCAAUUACUUAAUGACAACUCCAAAGAUUUGCUAAGUGUAAUUUUAAGGGAACACUCUGAUAGCUGCCUGAUUCUCUUAGACGGUCUAGAUGAAUGGGAAGCUCCAUACAAGCUACCAAAAUCGCCUUUUAUCACCAGUGGUCUGCCAGAGAAGGAGGUUAAAAUGCCAUAUGUUACACUGUACACAGCAAGGCCUUGGAAAUUAGAAAAGAUACGUCCCAAAACAGGAGAAUGUGAUGUUGAGAUAAAAUUGAUAGGAAUUAAUUCAUCAGAUGCCAAGACACUAGCAAAAACUGUAAUUGAAAGACUUAAUGAUAGUUCAUAUACGUCUGUUGAAGAUGUUGACAGUUUUAUACAGUGUUUGGAUUUGAAAUAUUUCCAAAAUUUAGAGUCAGUUCCUAUUCUUCUCAAACUGUUGGCAUGUCUGUGGCACGAGCAAUAUGGUAUCGGCUCUUCCUUAUGCGGUGUAUAUUCUUCGGUAUUAGAACAGUUAAUUCGAAUUGCCAAAGAGCGAAAUUGUCAUGACGAACAAUUUGAAGCAACUUUGAAAAAACUGCAAUCUAGUCAUACUGCUCGGAAUUUAUUUCCAAAUAAAAACAAUUGUCAAAAUAUGAUACAGUUUCUAAAAAUCCUCGCUAAGUUUGCAUUUAAGGCAUUGUUAGGAGGUGGGGGAAAGACUAAUUUAGUUUUUGAGGGCUCAUUCCUUGCAACAUUUGGAAUAUCUGAUGAAGAAAUGCAAUUUUGUUUGAAAACUGGAAUUCUUUCUCAACGUUUGUUACUCGGUAGGUCCGUUAUAAAUAGAUGCAAAACAGUUACUUUUAUUCAUAAGACCUUUCAGGAAUAUUUUGCUGCUCUGCAUGUGGUUAUUUCGGAAGACAAUGCGGCAGUCGAUACUCUAUUGGAAGUGUGUAAUAAUGUGGAAAAGGUCUUGGAAAUGGGGAAAGUGAUUCAGUUUAUUGGUGGUAUGAGUCCGCAGAUUUUAUACAGAAUCUCGAAGCAUAUUGCAAAUCUCACUGAUAAAGAUACUCGUUUUACAUCAUAUAGAUCUGUGGAUUCAUCAAGGAUUUAUAUUUUGAUGAUACAAGGUUUAUUGUUUUCAAGCAUUAAAGAGUCGGUUGAAUGUCAGAAUACUACGUUACCCAAGUUUAAAUUGAAAGAUGUGCAUCUAUGGGAUGAAACUGUGAAUAAAUAUAUUUUGAACUUUGAUCCUCUAUGUGUAGAAUCAUUAAGCACGAAUUCCGGACUAACAGAUGCAGAAUUAACUCAUAUUUCCAAAACAAAAUCACUAAAGCUUCUAGUUUUUAGUGGUCUUUUUGGGAAAUUUCCGAAAAAAGAGUUCAUAGAUAUACUUAACCGUUCAAGUAGCACAUUGGUUUGUCUUGCAGUAAAAACAGGAAGAAUCGAAAUACCAGAACAUUUCCACCUAUCAAAAUUACAAAAUCUAAGAAAGAUUUCAUUGAACGAUGUCAUGUUAAAUCAUAGUACAAUUACACGGUUACUUACAGACUCGAAUCAUUUGUCUGAAUGUCACGCUCUCUGUGUGAACUGUUUUAAAGACGAAAUAUGUCAGUGCAAUAGUACCAUAGCAACUGAAAUAACUACUUCGGAUUUAGUCAGUACAGAAAUGAAGUAUUUUGACAGCAGAUUUGGAUGUGGUAUGCUUCGUCAUAUAAGCAAGGCAGAUCGUCUAGAGGAACUGCGUGUGUUUAAUCCAAAGGACCCGGAAAUAGUGGGUGAUAUUAUGAGAAUUAUCAAGUCGUGUAAAGAAUUAAAACACAUGCAACUCCAUGGUGUUGGAUCUGAAAUAAUGUCGCUUCCUUUUCCAUCAGACCCGCGAUGUUUGCGCUUUGUUCAACUGAGUGAAAUACGUGCACGGAAGGAAACAAUAUUAGAAUUCAUUAAGGCAGGGCAAAGUGUACAUGAGUCAUGUGUCUUCAAAUUUGAAGAUGUCACAUUAACAUCGGGUCAAAUUGAGGAACUGAAGGAAGAAAUAGGACAAUUAGAUAUAUUUCAAAUAAGUUCAUUUCAGAAACGUUUCAAAGUGAAGGGAUCCUUCAGACGACCUAAGUACAGGAGCUCUUUUGGUUCAGAGUCGGUGUUCUCAAUGAUUCUUGUGAAAAAAUAAAGGAACAUUUAAAAUCUUGCUACAUCCAAAGAAGGAUUGUUUUUAACAUUAGAUGAGAAUUGUAGAUAAUUUGAAAAUUAUCGUUUUUUGGUUUGGGUUUUACGCCACACAUACACAGUUAAGGUCACAAGACACCUUUUAACUUAAGUGGAGAAGAAAACCCUUAGGUGCCCCUCCGUACAUAUUUCAGACACGAGCAUGCCUUUGCACCGACGUUCCGUAAGCUAGCUGGAUAGCUUAUCUUAAGUCUCUGGCGGGUUUCCUUUCUCUGUCGUCACAAUAACUUAACCCCAGAAAAAUGAGCCAAUCAAUGGGCAUUCUCUGGAGUGCGGGUAACUUAUACCUGUACUCCAGUUAAUGCACUCUACAUGUAUAUGUUUACGAUUUAACAUUUUCAACAGAAAGGUCCCAAACUAUGAUACAAUAUUAUUUGUUUAUAGACCAUAUGUAUCGUUAUAAUGGCCACCGGUAACCUUUAACCAUAACCCUGCUAAAUUUCUUAAAUAGUCAAGCUUCAUUUUAGGAACUGUUCAUAAUCAUUUUAGUGAUAUGUAGAUGCAGGAAGCCAAUAGCAACAAGGUUAAUUAGCACGUUAAUGGUUAAAAUUGCCUGAGUAUGUAAUUACAUGUACAAUGUUUAUGUUAUGCGUGAUAAUGAUUUUCUAAGUUGUCAGAAAAAAUAUUACUGUUAAGCCAUAUAAAGAUACAUAUGCAUGAAAACCUAGCAGGUUAUUCUAAACUUUAAAACAAUAUUUGCAAAGGCUGAGCAGUUCCGAUUACAACCCACAUAUUGUUUCGCGAAGUUAAUUAGUAAUUUAAGCUACAAUAUUGUACGUCAAAAAGGUAUUAAUUUUGCGUGCUCUUUUGUUUGAAGAGAAUAAAUAUGUACCAACUGAUUUUAUUAGAUUAAAGUGCAUUUUAAAUUCU